UGCUGCCGGGGCUCGCCGAGCCGCCUCUGGUUGCACACACACGUACAUUGUCCGAGCGAGCUGCCGCCGCCGCCGCAGCGAGAGAGCGCCCGAGGGCUCGGUGCCAAUGCGGGGUGGGCGCUGCAAGCCGGGGGCUUCUCCACCACCCCGGUGGAAAGUUCACCUUCGCCUGGGCCCGCCGCACCAUUGAUCCCGAGCGGCCGCCGCCGAGGAAGGAGGCAGGAUCUGCGGCUCUGGCCGGGAGGGGGGAUUUUUUUUUUUGCCUUUUCCCUCCAAACUUUGUGUGCGCGCCUCCCGCAGAAGCCUCCUGCCCCUACCGAGGAUUUGCCUCUCCUCCGCUCUCUGCCGUGCAAGGAAAGCCGCCGGGGCGGGCGUGAGCGCUGAGGGAAUUGAGCCAUCCCCGACAACGAGGGGUUCACCACUUUCUACAGGGCCAGAGUGGCCAUCAACAGUGUAGUCUUUAAUGGACCAGUAAGGAGAGGUGUCUGUCCAACUGGUUUCUGGAAUUUGGAAGGUGCCUAAAAGGAGCCUGCAAGUGAGAGCAGCAGAGGUGCUGGCACCUGGUGAACACAGAAGUUGGCACCAAGCACACCAGUGCUGGUGUUGGUGCUGCUGGAGACCCUGAGCUGGGGUCAGCGGGAAGAUGACCGAGUAUAAGCUGGUGGUGGUUGGAGCAGGUGGCGUUGGGAAGAGCGCUUUGACAAUACAGCUUAUUCAAAACCAUUUUGUUGAUGAAUAUGACCCCACGAUAGAGGAUUCCUACAGAAAGCAGGUAGUCAUUGACGGAGAGACCUGUCUGUUAGACAUCUUGGACACGGCGGGUCAAGAGGAGUACAGCGCCAUGCGAGACCAAUACAUGCGGACGGGAGAGGGCUUCCUGUGCGUCUUCGCCAUUAACAAUACGAAAUCCUUUGAAGAUAUUCACCAGUACCGAGAGCAGAUCAAGAGAGUGAAGGAUUCAGACGAUGUCCCCAUGGUGCUGGUGGGAAACAAGUGUGAUCUUCCAGCCCGGACAGUGGAAACCCGGCAAGCACAGGACCUGGCCAGGAAUUACGGGAUCCCCUACAUAGAGACAUCAGCAAAAACCAGACAGGGUGUUGAAGACGCCUUCUAUACCUUAGUGCGGGAGAUUCGGCAGCACAAACUACGCAAGCUGAAUCCACCGGAUGAAAGUGGCCCAGGCUGCAUGAAUUGUAAAUGUGUGAUAUCAUGACCAAGUUGACCGGACCGUGACUUGGAGGGGUUUCCACUGUGCGGAGCACACGGACAGAGGUGAAACAAAAGAAGCAGCAAACGGAUUCGGGAGAGGAGUAUGGGGGAGGAGGGAGACCAGGAGGAGGGUAUCUUGAGCCCUGCAUGGACUGUCUCAAACUUCAUCAAGGCCUGAAUGACAAGCGACUUUUCCCCCCCCUCCUUGUCUCCUCCUCUCCCAGCAACUGUACAAAGCCACAGAUUGAAUCACAGUAAAUUAUUAUUUGAUGGUCUCCACAAA